GGAAUGAGUAAUGUGGAAGGAAAUGUUAGGAAGAAAUGAAUGAAAAUGGUAUAAAUAAGAGAGAGAGAGGGAAAGUGGGGUCCCAAAUGGUGCAGUGCAGAGCAAAGAAAACAAAGGCCAAACCUACAUAACAGAAGAGAAGAGAAGAUAAUAGGAAGACACAAACCUUAAAAUAUUUUGCCUUCUCUCAUUCUCAUUCAAGACAACAGAGGAGCACGCCCAAUAAACCAUGGACGUGGGUCAGAUGCAGAGACAGUGGAUCGACUACGCCAAAUCCCUUUUCCUCGAGGGGUUCUUGGAUGGUCAGUUUCUGCAACUUCAGCAGCUCCAAGACGAGAACAACCCUGACUUUGUCGUCGAAGUCGUCUCUCUCUUCUUCGAAGAUUCUGAAAGGCUUCUCAAAGAUCUCACCUUUGCCCUAGAUCAGAAUGGCGUUGACUUCAAAAAGGUUGAUGCCCAUGUUCACCAGUUAAAGGGUAGCAGUUCAAGCAUAGGUGCACAAAGGGUGAAAAAUGCCUGCAUUGCUUUCCGCAACUUCUGUGAGGAGCAGAACACUGAUGCGUGUCUCAGAUGUCUGCAACAAGUGAAGCAAGAGUACUGCCUUGUCAAAAAUAAGCUUGAAACACUAUUCAGGCUUGAGCAACAGAUUGUGGCAGCUGGUGGGUCAAUUCCUACGGAACUGAGUUUCAGUGGAUGACUGGGUGGGUUUGUAGAGAUGAUUGUGUUAUGAUUCUCAUCUUUGUUAAAGAUUAUCCUUUAUCUUAUGUCCAUGGUGAAUGUAUGGUUUUUGUGAAGAUAUAAGAUUCCAUCCAAUGUAUCUUCUUUUUCACCAAAACUCUCUUCAUAAUUUAUAAUCUAUUGCAUGCUUUAUUGAA